AUGUCUAGUACACCCAAUUACAAUAAUUUUGUCUGGUCAAUUUUCCAGGGCAACCUUGGUCGCUCGUUCAAAGCAACUAAAGAAUUACCUAUGCUUUUUCCUAAGAUUACUCCAGAUGUUUAUUGCGUCCAAGAACCAUACUUGCAUGCCGGUUCUACUUUCUUUCCAACUAAAUGGCGCACUAUUUUCCAUCCUGAAGGCAGUGUCCUUAUCUCAAUUCGUAACCCAAAUAUUGCUGUGGUUACCAGACAUAUUAAUAAGUACUUUGUUUGUGUCGAUGUCUCUAAAGGUCCUGAUACAUUUACCAUAAUAUCCUAUUUCCCUCCUUCCUCUAAUAAAAACAGCUUAUUCCAGAACCUUAACGAAUUGAUAGAUUACAUCCAACCAAAACAAUGGUUCCUAGUGGGAGAUGGUAAUAUCCAAUCAGAGCUGUGGGGUCCAGACAGGGACGAAAGCAAACGUAAGCGGGACAUUGGCGCUCCCAUGAUAGACUUUAUCAUACACCGAAAUCUCCUCGUUUGGAACGAUUCCAAUGCAGUACCCACUUUCCAAACAAACAAUGGACGCAGUUGGAUUGACGUCACGCUCUCAACGUCAUCUCUAUAUGAUCGCAAAGAGGCGUGGCAAUUAGAACGCAGAACGCUUAGCUACCACUCAUAUAUUCUCUUUUCCCUUGCUGGUCAAACCCAUUCGCCACCUGCACAAUCCCGGAUCAGCAAACGGAAACUUAAGCGUCUAGCUAAAACACUCGAGAAACACUACAACACUCAUCUCGAGACAGUAAAAGACCUCAAAACAACAGGCGAAGUUGAUAACCUGUCUGACGAAACAUCUACACAGACAGCAAUCAGGGUCACCAAUGAACAAUACAAAUCUCCUACUUCUGACCCUGCUUUCAUGCGCCAGGAGAUCCGCCAAGUUUUGCACACACUUAAGCCAAAAACGGCAUCUGGUCCCGACCAACUUUCUCUAGAGACUGUCAAGAUCCUUUUCAAGCAAAAUCCAGGUGUCAUUAAACUGCUUUUUAACUCUUGUCUCAGUCUUGGACACUUUCCCACAUCGUGGAAAGCUGCUAGGGUAAUUCUAAUUGCAAAACCAGGCAAAAACCUCUGUCUGGCUAACUCAUAUAGGCCUAUUUGCCUACUCUCCAUUUUCGGAAAAAUCCUAGACAAACUAAUUACGCAGAGAGUAACAUAUCUCCUGCACCAAAAACAUCUGCUGCACCAAUACCAACAUGGAUUUAGAAUUGGUUUCUCAUGUGAAACUGCUCACUUCCAGCUCUGGCAAACCAUUCAGAAUGCUCUCCGACACAAAGGAAAGGCUUGUAUCCUAUCAGUUGACGUCAGUGGCGCUUUCGACAACGUCUGGCGCGAAAGUAUUUUACAUCAGCUGACUCUGGCGGGCUGUUCACAAAACCUCUUUGAUCUCAUCAAAGACUAUUUUAGCCAACGACAUGGAACCAUUGAAAUGCAAGGACAAACAUGGUCCUUCCAAAUUGAAAGAGGUGUUCCACAGGCCUAUGCAGAUGACCGUGUUGUUGUCAUUAGGGGUUCUUGUAAGAACGACAUCGAAUCAAAAGGGGCCGACAUCCUGCACACCCUCACCCACUGGGGUAAAGCACAUAAGCUAACAUUCGGUAUAGACAAAAUGAUCCUUAUGCCAAUCACCUACGGCAAUAGACUAAAGUCGGACGACCCACCGUGUAUCUCAUUCCUAAAUUCCACCAUUAAAGUUGUCUCAUCUUUCCGUUAUCUUGGGGACAUCUGGGAUAGUAAACUUACUUUCACAGAACACUUUCGGCACGUCCGUCUCAAAAGUGAUUUGCUCAUGUACAACUUAAAUACAGUGGCUAAUAGGUUCUUCUCUAGACAUCACCAUCUUCUCAGACGCAUUUACUCAGGCGCAUUCGAACCUUAUGUCCUUUUCGGCUACGGGGCUUGGGGGCACCGACUUAAAUUUAAGCAAAUUGGUAGAACAUUCGAAAUUAUACAGAGGAGGCCCCUUGUCAAAAUUCUUAAAGCUUUUCGGACUACUAGCACACAUGCACUACAAGUUCUUGCAGGCAUUUUACCUCUUCACCUUAGAGCUAAAGAACUCUUCGCAAAUUUUCUCAUGAAAGUACACAAAAUACAAGUCAAAUUUGAUGACACUAUCCCUAAUCCUGACCUUUAUGAACCAACUCGUAACCCAUUCGACCAGCAUCCUUGCGAGUGGUUUACCUUUCCUUUCAGGAAAACUCCACCCUCAGGAGAUGAUUCCCAUCGACCUGACGACCACACAACUGUGUUCCAAGCUGGAGCCUAUGCCUUUUUCAUGGCCCUCGAAUACAUCAAAAAAAUAAACUCUUGGAGCAAAGCCUCUAUUUUCUCUGACUCGCUCUCGCUUCUUACAGCCCUUGCUUCGCCUAAACGCAAAAGCUGGAUGCUGAAGCAACUUGUUGAUAAAAUAAAAACAGUCAAUUCCCACCGACGACUCUCCUUCCACUGGGCCAAAGCUCACAUCGGUGUGGUUGGCAAUGAAGAAGCCGAUAAACAAGCCAAACAUGGCACUGAGAAAAAUACAAUCGACUCACCUGUCCCCAGGUCUCAUGGCACCUUGAGGGCUGACAUUCGGCGUAACAUUCUUGCAGAAUGGCAAAAUGAAUGGGCCUUUAGCACAAAAGGUCCUCAGACCCAUAAAUACUUACCAAACGUCUCCACCAAAAGGAACUCUUAUCAUCCCUUCCUGAUCCAAUUCCUCUCGGGUCAUGGUAGAUUUCCUUACUACUUUAAUAAAUUCUGUAUCACCAACGAUCCACUCUGUGACUGUGGUGAAGUUGGUACCCCAGAUCACUAUAUUUUCGAGUGCAUCCACACUCAAUCUCUUAGACUCAAAUUAAAAAAUGCUCAAGAUAGAGAUCAACUUAUCCAAGAUCCUCAUAACUUGCACAUUAUCCACCAAAUCAUCGCGUGGGUAAACAACUACAUUCCUAGGCUCUAA